AUGUCAUCGAGUUCUAAUUCCCCUUCUACCGUGAUCCAAGCGGAGGUCCGCCUUUUUCUCGACGAAGAAGACAAGACUGUGGAAGCUUUAAGCACAUUUACUGCCUUGGAUACAUGUACCUACCAGAAUAAAUCUUUGGGGAAUUCACCUAAUGAGUUCAUGGAUUGCGACUGUUUUGAGAAUAUAAUUGUCGAUGAGGACGGUAAUAGACAUAACAUGUCCUGUGACGAAAAUUCUGAUUGUAUUAAUAGAUUAACUUUGAUAGAAUGUAUUAACGAAUUGUGUGAGUCUUCAUGCGGUGAGAAUUGUCAGAAUCAGAGGUUUCAAAAAAAACAAUAUGCUGAUAUAUCUGUUUUUCAAACUGAAAUGAAAGGCUAUGGUGUUAGAUGUAACACAGAUCUUGAAGCUAAUGAAUUCAUCUAUGAGUAUAUCGGUGAAGUUAUAGAUGAAGAAAGUUUUAGAGACAGAUUAAUAAAAUACGAUGAAAUGCAUUUCAAACAUUUUUAUUUUAUGAUGUUACAAAAUGGUCAGUUUAUUGACGCCACUAGAAAAGGUGCUCUAGGAAGAUUUUGUAAUCAUUCUUGUAACCCCAAUGCAUAUGUUAAUAAGUGGGUUGUAAAUGGUAAAUUGAAAAUGGGUAUAUUUUCUAAGAGGAAGAUUCAAAAGGGAGAAGAGAUUACCUUUGAUUAUAACGUUGACAGAUAUGGUGCUAAUGCCCAAAAAUGUUACUGUGGAGAGCCAAAUUGUAUUGGAUUUCUUGGCGGUAAGACUCAAACAGACUCUGCAUCAUUGUUACCGCAAAGUUAUGCUGAUGCCCUGGGUGUAAAAGUAUCUAUGGAGAGGAAAUGGAUCAAGGAAAAGAAAGCAAAAGGUGAAAAGAUCGUGAAGAGUAAAGAAGGUAGCGAAAAUAUCAAUGUGGAAUUCGUUGAAUCAUUAGAAGAUCUACCUUGUGAAACAAUAGAGGAUGUUACUAGAGUGAUGAGUGUAUUACUACAGAAUGAAAAUACGUUGAUUGCAUCAAAGCUCUUCAAGAGAUUGUAUUUGAUUUCAGAUGAAAGUCUCUAUUAUCAAGUUAUAAAAUUACAUGGCUAUAAAUGUUUCACCAAAUUACUAAAACUAUUUGCGGAUGAUAUCAAAAUCGAAGAGGCUAUCGUAAAUUUUUUGGAUAAUCUACCCAAGACAACCAAAAACGGUAUAGUAGCGUCACAGAUUGAUACAAGUAUAACUAUGAUUUCAGAAAAAUAUCCAUCAUUGAAAGGCUCAUGUAGUAAAUUAUUAGAGAAAUGGGAUGCUUACGAAACAUACACUAGAAUAUCAAAAAGGGAAAUAAGUGAAUUGUCUUCCGCUUCCUCCUCAACUAUCAACAAAAUUAUGGAUUUCAGAAGAGUCAGACUUCCACCUGGAUGGGAAAUCAUUCAAGAAAAUGGCCGUCCUAUGUAUUAUAAUGCUCAACAAAAGCGGAAAUUAAGCGAACCGCCAGAUAAUUCUGGAUAUAGGUCAAACGAUUUUAAUAGUCGAAUGGAAAGUAAGCGCAACAAGAGAUUGAGAAGGAUUGAUGAAGAAAGAGAAAGAAAAAAGAGAAAAGAAUAUUUCUUAGAGGAGCAAAAUGCCAUAGAGAGGGCAAAGAAAGAAGAACUAGAACAAAUGAAACUAAAAAUGAAGAUGGAAACUGAAAAGAGAAAUGUUCUUGACCAAAUUAUUGCUGACGCUAAUAAGAAAAAAGAUUUAGAGGAAGAGAAGAAUAAUGAUGCUACCAAAAAGAACAUAAAAAAAGAACCAACUCCAAAACGUCAUACUCAUCGUUAUGAACACCACUGGAACAAAUUUUUUGCAUCAUUUGUGCCAAAUUUAGUGAGAAAAUAUGAGUCUGAUGUGCACUUGACUCAUGAUCACAUGAAAGAAUGUUCUAGAGAUAUUGUCAAGAUAUUAACCUCAAAGGAAUUGAAAAAAGAUCCCAAAAAUAUGCCACCUGAGAAAUUGAACAAAGAUAAACAUGCAAAAGUGAAAAGCUUUGUCAAAUCAUACAUGGAUAAAUUCAUUGCCAAAUACAAGCAGAAAAAACAAGAGCACCGCAAGUCAUCAGCCUCAUCAUCGCAUCAUUUGAAUGGUUCAACUGCAAGUGCUGUCGGACAAUAG